GCUGAGCAUAGCAUGUAACUCUGCCACAACUGAUUGUGUACUGUUUUUUUUUUUAUUCACAUUGUAAAAACUAUUAUAGGACUUUCCCACACAUCCCCCCUUCUGAUCCUGGCUCAAGAGGAAUUAUUGUACAGAAUCUGCUUCCACAAAUCGGGAGAUACCUUUGGAUUCUAAAUAGGACACUGUUUGAAGAAGAUUCUGCAGUUUAACCUUUCAGAAGUUUCCAGAGAAAAUGCAGCCGCAGGAAACUCCUGGUGUUCAGUACAGUAGAUGGAAUGACAAUAAUCAAGAUGAAGUGAGCAUAAAUACCUCAUCCACUGGAGCUCCAACAUGGAGAAGGGUUUACAAUGUGUUGUGCACAGGAAAGAUUGGGGUAGCUCUGAAAGUAGUGGGUGGUCUUGCCUUGUUUUGGAUCAUCUUCAUUAUUGGAUAUGUCACUGGAUAUUAUGUUCACAAAUGCAAGCAGUAGAGAAAAGCAACUUACUGACUAACAACGUUGUAAGGUCUUUGUCAUCACAGCAAAGAGCGAAGAGUUGGGACUAUUGUAUUCAAAGAAGCUGGAAAUUGAAUAUGACACAUGGAAACACUAUGAUGAUCAAAUGGAAAAAAAACUACUGAGUCUUUCAAACUUGUAGCACAUUUAUAUAUUCUUAGAUUAUAUGAAUUAAUAAUAAUAGCUAAAAUAAUACACAGAUAAUUAUGGACGAGCACAGUACUUUAUAGUGUAAUUUAUAUGAAGUGCAAUAAAUGUUAACAGCUUUUGUUUUGAGAAAAAGAAAAUUAAAAAAUAUGUUAAAGGAAGAACUCCAGGUCUCUCAAAUAACAUUA